AUGGGCAACUUCAUCAGCUGGCUCAACACGAACGUCCCGGUGGACCAAAAGGGAGGCGAUGCUCAAACUGCCAAGACAAAUCAGCCUCAGUCGCUAUGGGGCAUGGUCGAGACACUGAUCCCGUUGUUGAUCAUAUCGGCAGCUUAUAUCGCUCUCUUCCUGGUUUUCAGAAGAUCCCAGCGCAGAUUUUACGCGCCUCGCACAUACAUAGGCGGGAGGUGCGAACGCAGUCCGGAAUUGCCCCGGGGAUUUUUCAACUGGUUUGGCUCGUUUUGGAAGAUUCCCGAUGCCUACUCGCUCACUCACCAGACUCUCGACGCCUACCUGUUUUUGCGUUAUCUGAAGGUGUGCACGGUCGUCUGCUUCGUCAGCGCGUGCAUAACCUGGCCCAUUCUGUUCCCUGUCAAUGCCACGGGCAAGGGUGGCCAAGGUCAGCUCGAGAUCUUGUCAUACAGCAAUGUCAACGUCGACAAGUCGCCCAACUACUUUUUCGCCCACGCCCUUGUUGCCUGGGCCGUCUACGGCUUCCUCAUGUACAUGAUCACCCGCGAGUGCAUCUUUUUCAUCAACUUGCGCCAAGCGUAUCUUUUGACUCCCCACUACGCCAAACGCAUCUCGGCUCGCACCGUCCUCUUCACCGCCGUCCCGCAGGAAUAUCUUGACGAGGCCAAGAUUCGGCAAAUCUUCAACAAUGCUGUCAAGAACGUCUGGAUCGCUGGCAACACAAAGGAGCUGGACGAAAAGGUUGAGGAGCGCGACAAGGUUGCCAUGAAGCUCGAGGGAGCCGAGGUGAAACUGAUUGUCGCGGUCAACAAGGCUCGUGCCAAGGCGCUGAAGAAGGGAGGCAACGCCAGCGAGCCUGAGCAGGACGCGGAGACGGCCAAUGUGAUUUCUCGAUGGCUGCCCGACAAGAAGCGGCCCUCGCAUCGCCUCGGUCCCCUCGGCCUCGUUGGCAAGAAGGUGGACACCCUCACAUGGUGUCGCUCCGAGUUGGAGAAGAGCAUCCCGGAAAUCAGGAGCGCCCAGGCCGCGUGGAAAGAGCAGGGCAACUUCACCAAGGUUGGGGCGCUCUUUGUGGAAUUCCACACGCAGGCCGACGCCCAGGCUGCGUACCAAGUCAUUACCCAUCACCAAGCCCUGCACAUGAGCCCCAAGGCCAUCGGUCUCAAGCCCAACGACGUCAUCUGGAAGAAUCUGUCAAUCCCCUGGUGGCAGCUCAUCAUUCGCCGCUAUGCCGUCUACGCCAUCAUCGCAGCCAUGAUCAUUUUCUGGGCCAUUCCCGUUGGCAUCGUCGGAAUCAUCUCUCAAGUCAAGACGCUUGAAUCGCUGCCUGGGCUGACGUGGAUCAAUGACAUUCCCGAGAAAAUCUUGGGAUUCAUCUCCGGAUUGCUUCCAUCGGUUGCUCUCGCCAUUCUGAUGUCGCUCGUACCCGUCAUCAUGCGUGCCUUGGCUAGAGUUGCCGGCGCCAAGAGCAACAGCGAGGCGGAGCUGUUCACUCAAAACUCAUACUUUGUCUUCCAGGUUAUUCAAGUCUUUCUCUGGCGAUCUGUUUCUGACGCCGCCUCUGCGGCUAUCGUCAAGAUUUCGCAAGACCCGAGCCAGGUCUUCACCAUCCUGGGUUCCACGCUCCCCACAACAUCCAACUUUUACAUCUCUUACUUUAUCGUCCAGGGCAUCACCAUUGCCGUGGGCACGGUGACGCAGGUUGUUGGUCUUUUUGUUUUCAGGAUCUUGUACAAGUUCCUCACCAGCACGCCUCGAGCCAAGUACAGAAAGUGGACCACGCUCUCCGCCAUCCUCUGGGGCAGCCUGCUUCCCGUGUAUACCAACAUUGUUUGCAUCAGCAUCAUCUACUCCGUUAUCGCUCCUCUGAUCCUGUUCUGGUCGACUCUGGCAUUGUUCCUCUUCCACCUGGCCUAUAAAUACAACCUGCUGUUCGUCUCGGACACGGCGGUGGACACCCAGGGGUUGAUCUAUCCGCGAGCUCUGAAGCAGCUCUUCACCGGCAUCUACAUUGGCGAGAUUGUCAUGGUUGGUAUGUUUGCGGUGGUCAAGGCGCCAGGCCCGGCGAUACUCAUGGCUGUCUUCCUCGUCUUCACGAUUCUGUACCAUAUCACGAUGACCCGAAGCAUCGGACCUCUUCUCCAAGGCCUGCCGCGGACUUUGGAAGCCCACGAAUCGCUCGUCCAGGGCAACGUCGGCGGCACCGAAGCUGCCAAGGCCAACGUGGCCGGUGCAACCAGCAACAGCGCCCCAGGGACCAAUGGUGGUGAAUCGACGGACCUGAAGAAGGCGACGUCCAGCAGCAGCAAUGACUACGGCGUUCAGAAGCCAAAGUGCAACAUCUUUACGCGGUUCUUGAAGCCGUGGAUCUUUUCCGACUACAACUCCCUGCGGCACAUGGUUCCGCAGGAACAAGACAUUGACUUUGCUCACCUGCAGGCUUCUGGCGAGGUCUUUGAGCGCGAUGCUUACUUUCCGCCCUCUGUGAACAGCGAACCUCCCCAACUGUGGAUUCCCGAGGAUUCCCUUGGCGUAUCCAAGCACGAAAUCACCCUCACCAGCAAAGUCAUUCCCAUCAGUGACAAGGGGGCUCAUCUGGACGAGAAGAACAACGUUGUGUGGUCCGAGAAUCUCAGCGACGAGGCAGACUUGCCGCCCAUCUAUGAGCCCAAGACUUACUACUAG